AUCUUACUAUAUUAAAAACGAGUUUCCAACCGCUAUAUGUGAUAAUGAAAUCAUUUCCGCAAUUGACGUCACCGACUUUCCGAGCCAAUACCUUGUUCCCGAAAUCAACAGUGACGUACUCGAAAAGCGAGAUUUCGAUAAUGCAGGUCUCGAUAUAGGCACAAGUAAAACUAUUACUGACUCAAUGGUAACCCAUCUGUUGUUCCGAACACUCGAUCUGGAUUCAUGGCCCUUGAUUGUCAAAUAUAAACCACACUGCGAAUUAAUAAUUGAUGAUGUAUCAGUUUCAGCGGAUCCUGAGUUUGUGAUUAAGAUUGAAAAUUCCUCUUUAAUGGUUAUAGAGUCUGAUAAACGUAAAAAAAUCAGCAAAUCGAAUGGUUUUGGAGAAGCACAACUUGCUGCUGAAAUGCUCUCCCUUGGGGAUGAAAAUAAUCGUCUCGCUGAGGAACAUAGAAAUCAAACUAUAUUUGGUGUUCGUAUCAUCUCUACAUAUGUUACACUCUACAAGACUGUAAUUUCCGCAACAUAUUGGGAGGAGCUUAACAGAGGUUUACCAGAUCAGUCAGUUGUGAUUAAAAGGUGGCCGGGAGCAAAUGGGUUGAGAACUGGUUUCAAUCUUGCAGAGCCAGAUGGGAGGCAAGCAGUGCUGACAGCAUUAGUCAAAAUUCGCCAAUAUCUCCUGCAGUAG